UGUUUCACUGCUUGAUAAGGCAGAUUUCGACUGGAAAGCAACUGAAGUACAUCAGAACUCUUGCCAUCAUGGUGCAAACUCCAGAGCCAGCUGCCAAGAAACCAAAGGGUGAUAUCCCAAAGAUUGGGACACAUAAUGGGACUUUUCAUUGUGAUGAGGCUCUUGCCUGUUUCCAACUUAAACUUCUUCCUGAAUACCAUAAUGCAGAAAUUGUAAGAUCGAGAGAUGAAAGUGUGCUUUCCACUUGUGAUGUAGUUGUGGAUGUGGGUGGAAAACAUGACCCUGAGAGUCUACGAUUUGAUCACCAUCAAAAGUCCUUUACAGCAGGCUUGAGUACCCUUCGGCCUGGGAAGAAGUGGACAACGCGGCUAAGCAGUGCAGGGCUUGUGUUCAAUCACUUUGGACAUCGCAUAAUUAGUCAAGUCUUGGAUUGCCCUGUUGAAGACCCCAGAGUGGAGAUAAUUUUUGACAAGGUAUAUGAAAAUCUCAUAGAAGAAAUUGAUGCCAUGGACAAUGGUGUUGAUAUCUGCGAAGGAACUCCCAGGUACCGAAUCACAACAAAUCUUAGUUCUCGAGUUCGUCGCCUCAAUCCACCGUGGACAGAUAAGGACACAAAUACAGAUGAUGUCUUCCCCAAAGCCAUGCAGAUGACCGGAGAGGAAUUCCUUGAUCGCAUCCAUUACUAUGGGGAACUCUGGUGGCCAGCAAGAGAGAUGCUUCUCAAGGUAGUGGAAGCAAGGUUCCAGGUAGGCAGUUUCCAGGCCAUGUCAUCUCUCAGACUAGAGAACUGGUCAUAUUCAAAGAGACUUUCACAGGUGGAUAAGAGUGGGAAGAUCAUGGAGAUGUCUUCUGGAGGCUUUCCAUGGAAGGAGCAUUUCUUUGACUUGGAAGAACAAGGAAUUAUACCAAAAAAUGAGUUGUUUUUUGUCAUCUUCACUGAUACUGCAGGCAUGUGGAGAGUCCAGGCAAUUCCUGUCAGUGCAGAUUCAUACAGUUCAAGACUACCCUUGCUUGCUGAAUGGAGAGGGGUUUUUAACCCAGAGCUGGAGGAGAAGUCUGGUCUGCCUGGGAUUAAAUUUGUGCAUGCAACUGGAUUUAUCGGAGGACAUGAGACACGUGAAGGAGCCAUUGCCAUGGCUAAGAAGACUUUAGCUUCUCAGCCAGAAACAGACAAAAAAUGAUUUUGUAUUCUUUGUUUUUCUUUUGUUUGUGAAAUAAAUAACAGUGGAUGGAAGCA